CUAAAACAAGAAAUUAUCUCACAAGAACAAGGAAUACUGUCUAUCAAGGAAAGGAAUCAUGAAGACUCUACUCUCACUCUUCUGUCUGGUUACUUACCUCACCUGUGCUCUCAGUGCUAAUGGCUGGCCACUCUCUCUUGACAUGGCUUGUAAUAAAGCUCUUUCCGCAGUUGCUUGCUCUUUUGAGUUUACCAACAAUGCAAAUGAGGAUCUUUAUCUACUCAAACGUAACACUCCUCUCGAAGGACUCAACUCUGGAUUUGUCUCUGUCUCUCUUGACGGUCGUCCACUGGAAUAUGAAGGUAUCAUCAUUCAUCGUCUCCCUCCUACAAAGGAUGAGUUUGUUCUCUUGAAGGCAGGUGAGAGUAUUUCUGCAACAGUCCAAAUCACUGAUGCCUUUAGCAUUGAUACUGAUGGUCUCUACACUGUACAAUACAGUAGACCUUUACAGUAUCUGUCAGGUAAGAAGUUCAGGGAAUCAUUUGUACGUGAAUCCAUUCAAAUGUAUUUGGAAGACACUUCUAUUCUCUUAAAACCAAAAAAAGAAGUCGUAAAAGCUGAUUACACUGUCCACCUCCAAGCCUGUGGCAGUGCUAGUUUUGUUGGUGAUAGGAACAACAGUCAAACACUGGAUGCUCAUAAGAAGCUCUGUGGUGGAACCCGUACAGCUAGAGCUGGAGUUGGAAAUAAUAAUAUAUAUGUUAGAUGGUUUGGUACAUACACAUCUACAAGGGGAAACAAAGUUAAGGAUGUGUACCAGAAAAUAAAUGAUGGAAUAACAAACAAAGUCUGCACAUAUUACAACAAUGGUCCACGAUGCCAGUCUAACUACUAUGCCUAUACAUACAAGGGAGCCACUACUGUGUACCUCUGUGAUGUUUAUUAUGGAGAUCCGACCGAUUGCAGUACAACUGGUGAAAGCAAGGAAGGUACACUGCUUCAUGAAUGGGCCCACGCUUAUGGCUACAUUGAUGAUGUUACUUAUGGUCGUACUAAUUGCAAGAAUUUAGCCAAGAGUAAUCCAGAUGAUGCCAUCAGGAAUGCUGACAGUUACCUGUAUCAUUAUUGUGAUGCUCAGUAACGGAGCUCAUCAGCUAAAAGCCAAGAACUUUAGGACUCAUGCAACACUAUAGGACAUGCACAGUUUAUUUUUGC